UGUUCAUUCCCACAAAUAGCUCCUUUUUGGCACACGCCUGCUAAUCUCUCCAGUUCUGCAGACACCUGGAGUCUCCCUGGCCACCUCCCCCUUCCCUUGUUGCUUCAAAAGGUCUGUCCGGAAGGUUGCUUUAGCUCUAAAGACGUGCUUGUGUGGUAUAAAAAGGGGCCAGGGUUUCAGUCGAAACUUUGCAGAUGCUGGCAGCAAGAGAGGGAGGCAGGGAGGACGGAGCGACAUCAGAGACCACACGUCACAGCACCAGACUUCCUGACCUUUCUCCUGAAGAUGCUGAACCCACAAUGGAGCAGCCUUUUGGCCACCGUGAGUGUCCUGCUUGUCCACUUGAUAGGAGGAGUGCCUGGCCAUUGCUUGGACAGCAGCUGGUGUAGGGACAUGGACAAGAAAGCAGAGGUUAUGGACUGUCUCAGGGCCUGCAGGCUGGACCUCUCAGAUGAGUCCCCAGUAAUCCCCGGCAAUGGCCACAUGCAGCCCCUCUCCGAGAACAUUCGGAAGUACGUCAUGAGCCAUUUCCGCUGGAACAAGUUUGGCAAUGGCAGCGACGUAGGUCAUAAAAGAGAAGAGCUCUCCAGAGACUCCACCCUGGAUGUCCUUCCAGCUUCUUCCCUAGCCCAAGACAGCUUGGAAAUAGACAGGCAAAGCCACCAAGAGUCCAGUGAGAGGCAAGACGGUAAAAGGUCAUAUGCAAUGGAGCACUUCCGGUGGGGGAAGCCUGUGGGCCGGAAGAGGAGACCCGUCAAGGUCUACCCAACGGUGGAAGAGGAAGCAGUGGAGAAUUACCCCCAGGAGUUCAGGAGAGACCUUUCCUGGGAGACAGACCCAGAGCUCGGCUCCCCUGAGGAGAAGAAGGCUGCCAUGUCUGAGGAGGAGGAUCAGCCGCCAGCGGAAGAGGCCAAGAAGGACAACGGCCAGUACAAGAUGCACCACUUCCGGUGGAAUGUCCCGGCCCCGCCAUUGCCCAAGAAAAAGCGCUACGGUGGCUUCAUGACCUCAGAACGCAGCCACAUGCCCCUAGUGACUCUUUUUAAGAAUGCCAUCGUCAAAACAGCUUACAAGAAAGGCCAAUAAGGGGGGGGGGGAGAGAGAGCGAGACCCGGGACCACAAGCAGCAGGGUGGCGAAGAAGAUGCCCAGCUAUAGAUUUCUCUGGCACAUGUUUCAUUUAGAUACUGUUAAUGAUGAUCAUUUAUUUACAUUGUUCUUACUUGUUACUGAUAACUAAGGAAGUUGCUGCUUAGGAUAAACUUUCAUGUUUGCAUUCUGGUUUUGAGUGUGCAAAUAAUUGUGGGGAUGGGGUGGGAGGGGGGAGAUGUGGUUGAAAAAAAUUUAAGCCAGGCUUGGUGAGGGACGCACCCUGCGGAAUGCAGCAGGCCCUCCAAGCCUGGCUUAGCCUAACAUCUGUUGUGUAUGUGUAAGAAAGCAGGAAAGGAGGUCUAUCUUUCAGAAAGGCAGAGUAUUUUAAUAUUUUAAACCAGCUGUACAAUACUGUAAAUGAAAGGAUUAAAAGAUAUAAAAUAAUACUACUAAUAAAAAACAAUAAUACAUCUUUUUGCAAGCUAAA